GUUGGGCCCUGGUGAUGGUGGAGUAGAUCUUCAUGGAGGGUAUAAAAGAUACCUCAUUUUAAUACAAUGUAAGAAUAAAUUGAGUAUUGGAGUGGGUGCUGUGUGCAAUUUGGAGGCAGUGUUAUCUAGAUAUGUCCUCAAAAUACUUUAG